AUGGAAAAAUGCUAUUAUUGGUUGGAGAGGACGAAACCGGUAGCUGCCUUCAUGGCCUUCGGCACCAAAGGUGUUUACCCUGUCGCUGCAAUCGCUGCCGCUUUUGCUUCUGACCAGAAACACUACCAUGUCGUUCUUAUCACUCAUUCAGCUCACCAGGACUUGAGUUCUCACUUGGCUGGGAAACCGGUUGCAUUUUGUCCAAUUUCAUCACCACCUGUGGUUUCAACACCUCAGAAUCAUGAUGCAACAGGUUUGCUGGAGUUAAUGUUUAGGCUGAAGAAGAGGGAAGUUAACGCUGAACAUAGAAAAGAAUGCUAUUCUGCAGUGGAAAGAAUAUUUGGAAAUGGUCCUAGCUUGGAGGGUGAUUUCAUUGUGAUUAACUUUUUUGCAUUGGAGGGAUGGAGCCUUGCAGAACUUUUUCGUGUCCGCUACAUAGUUGCCGCUCCUUAUGUCGUUCCCUAUAGUGCACCUUCAUCGUUUGAGCACUGCUUCGUAAAAGAACAUCCCCUUUUGUAUAAAUAUCUCCAGGAAGCUCCCAUCAACAAGGCUUGUUGGAAAGAUGUGAUUCAUUGGAUGUGGCCACUUUUUUCUGAAAAUUGGGGCUUGUGGAGAAGUGAGGAACUGAAUUUGAGUCCUUGCCCUUUUACGGAUCCAGUGACAGGCCUUCCCACUUGGUAUGAUCGGGUACCAUCUCCUAAACUAUUGUAUGGAUUUAGCAAAGAAGUUGUUGAAUGCCCUGAUUACUGGCCUUCAAGUGUUCGUGUUUGUGGUUUUUGGUUCCUCCCUAUUGAAUGGCAAUUUUCAUGUAAGAAGUGUGAAGAAAUUUCCAUUCUGUCAUCUCGGCAUCUGAGAACAAAUUGGAAAAUGUGUGCAGCUCAUGUUGAGUUUCAAUCUUUUCUGGAAACUCCUAAAUUUGUGUCGCCUAUUUUCAUAGGACUAAGCUCUAUUGCAAGCAUGGGUUUCUUAAAGAAUCCUCGAGCAUUUCUUCUGGUUCUCCGAACUGUUCUAGAAACCACAAGCUACAGAUUUGUCCUUUUCACAGCAGGAUAUGAACCUUUAGAUGCAGCAAUUCAAGCGAUUGCUGCUGAAACAUCUUCAUUUUUAAAUCAAAGCCAGAUCAUUGAAGAUGGAGUCUCUCUCUUUGAUGGCACACUCUUCUGCUUUUCUGGUAUGAUACCGUACAACUGGCUGUUUCCAAGAUGUGUGGCUGCAAUUCAUCAUGGAGGAAGUGGAUCCACUGCUGCCGCACUAUACGCAGGAAUCCCUCAGAUACUAUGUCCGUUCAUGUUGGAUCAGUUCUAUUGGGCCGAGAGGAUGUUUUGGCUUGGAGUUGCUCCCGAGCCACUGAAAAGACACCUCUUGGUUCCAGAAAAUGAAGAUGACAAAACCAUCAAGGAAUCUGCAGAAUUGCUAUCAGAAUCCAUUCGAUAUGCACUAUCUCCUGAAGUCAAAGCAUGUGCAAAAAAAAUUGCUGAAAGAAUCUCUGUUGAGGAUGGAAUCAGUGAAGCAGUGAAAUUUCUCAAGGAAGAGAUGGGGUUGUAGUUACUCCAAAGGGAUGUCAGCUUGUACAAAAUAAUUCUAAUUUUUUCAAGGUUACUGUUAUUGCCU